CGCCGCCGCCGCCACCACAAUGUCGCCACUCGCCUGCUCGCUGCUCGCGCUCGCUGCGCUGUUCGCCGCCACCGACGCCUUGUUUCCGAACCCAUAUUGCAGUUUCCUGGAAAUGGGUAAAACGGACGGCUAUCCACAAGAUAACGAAGUGGAUUUUACGAUAACCGUUGCUGGUGGCUACAUUACUAUUCCUGAUAGAUGUACCAGACCAGGAAACAAGUUAGUCGGCCAGUCUAUCAGCGUAUGUAAUGCGCCCAACUCAAAGCCCGAAAUCAUUGUACCAUUGCGGACGGAUUAUCGCCGACCGAACUUUGGUUCAUUGUACAUCCACUGUCCUAGCGGUUUCCCUGGUUGUGACCGUCUCGAGGUUCACGUAUGGCAGUAUUGCGAAAUGGUUAUUAUGUGA